UGGCCCGCAACUACCGCAACCGUUUGUUGAAGUUUGUCAAAGGUUUUGACAAGAUACUGGUGCAGACAUGUGUAGUUUCAACGCGAACACUGCGAGAAACUGCUGCCAUUUAGUGAUACUUAAUCCUGCAUGAAGAAUGGAGAAUGACACGGAUGCUAGGGAGCGCCUCUUUCACAAUGCAAUCCGUGAAAUACUGAUUCACUUUUUAUUUUUUCUUAUCCUCUACGUGUUUGCGUACCUUUUGAUUUCAAAGUUUAAGAAGAAGAAAGAGUACUACUUUGCUGAGGAUGAUGAAGAUGCCAUUGUGUACCGAAUAUCCCUCUGGAUGUGCUGCUUCAGCCUUGCGGUGUCCCUCGGGGCAGCACUGCUGCUGCCGGUGUCCAUUAUCAGCAACGAGGUGCUGCUGCUCUACCCGUCCAGCUUCUACAUCCAGUGGCUCAACAGCUCGCUCAUCCACGGGCUCUGGAAUGAGAUCUUUCUUUUCUCCAACAUCUCCAUCUUCAUUCUGUUGCCGUUUGCGUACCUGUUUACGGAGUCGGAGGGGCUCCCAGGUUCUCGAAAGGGGCUGAUCUCGCGCCUUUACGAGACCUUCCUUGUGUUCACCCUGGUGGCUGCCCUGCUCUUUGGCAUGACCUUCCUGCUGUCAGCCAUCUUGGACUAUGGCCGGGCCAGCAUCCACUCUCUCUUUGCCCUGUGGAGUGGCUACCUGCCUUUCUUGUAUUCGUGCCUGUCAUGCUUUGGAGUUGUGCUGUUACUCAUUUGCACGCCAGUGGGAUUUGCCCGUCUCUUCACGGUGCUUGGAGAGCUGGUGAUCAAGCCCAAGUUCCUGCGGGACAUUCAGGACGAAUACCAGUGUGCCGUGAUGGAAGAGGAAAACCUGCGUCGCAGGGCCCUCGUCAGUAGCCACGAGUUCGAGAUCCACUACUCCGUGCCUGCUCACAGAAAUGGAACAAAUGGCUGUGCGGCUUCUGCCCUUCAACGAAAACUGUUGCAGCUCGGCAAGAUGCGCAGAGAACUAGCUCUGCAGCAGCUGGCGUCCCCGUGGAGGAGGAACCUGGGCUACCCAUUGGCUAUGCUGGCUCUGCUGAGUCUCACGAUCAUUUCUCUGCUGAUGGUAAUCCACAACACGCUGCAGCUUCUGAUUGGCAUCAAAGCUCUGCCAGUCUCUCCUCAGGUUGAGCAAUUCUCGUUGGGUAUCAGCUCACUCUCAGCUUUGGGUGUCGUCGGCUCAUCGUUGGAGAUUGUGCUCAUCCUCUACCUGUGGCUGGCAUCCGUGGUGGGCUUCUUCACCUUGCCCGUGUUCUGUCGGCUCCGACCCAAGCCGUCGUCAGCCACGCUGACCCAGAUCAUCGGCAACUGUGCCGUCCUGCUAGUGCUCAGCUCUGCACUGCCCGUCCUGGCAAGAACUCUGGGCAUCACCAACUUUGACCUGUUGGGUGACUUUGGCCGCAUCGAGUGGCUGGCCAGCUUCCCACUGGUGCUCACCUACAAUGUGGUGUUUGUGGCUGCGGCUGCCACCAGCCUGGCCACCAAGGUGACGGCAACAGUGCGCACCGAGCUGCUGGGGCGCCUUGCAGCCUGGGGCACGGCCACCCCUUGGCUGUUACCAAAGGAGGACUGACAUUGCGCUAAUUAUUUAUUAAUAGUUCCUAAUUUUUUUAGCUUUAACAGUGGCAUUACUUAUGUGUUUUAGUUAAGUAUUGUGGAUGCAUAUAUUGCACUGCUGUUUAUUUUCCUGACCACUGGGCCUUUGUCUUGCUACCGAGUGUACAAGCCCAUAUUUAUGUUUAUCUACUUUCAGCCCUGUUCAUUAUUUUUCUUACCCCUGUGUAUUUCGUUGUAAAUAAUGGUCACUAAACCGGUAUGAACAACUUGAGACAAUUGCAGUGGGCUGAUCACCUAGUCACAGUUUUCCAGGCCAUGUGUUAAUGUGCUGCAGGGGGAGCCCGACGUCGCUCUGCCUCGUGGCACCGGUGCGACGUGGCAUUCACACACAAUUCACUGCACUGUUUGCUAGGAAUGCAGCGGAAGUCAGCAGUAGACAGUGCACGGAUUUGUGCAUGGAAAGCAUGGGCUGCGCACCACAAGAUUCGGGGGAGAGCAUUGGUUCAAACGUCUGCUGCCCAGCUUUUACUGUGGCCUUUUUUGAAAGAUUUGUGUGGGAGAAUAUUCCUUGUACAGAUGUGCCACUUAAGAACAAGCCAUUCAGCUGAGCAUGGUUUAGUGCCUCUUACAGGGGACGUUCAUCAUCGUAACAUUGCCUUCUCAAUUGUGAACUUAGGAUUGCCGUAUUUUCCUGUGUGUAAGUGACACAUUUAUGGAAGUCUGAUUCCCCAUGCAGGCACUCUUCUUGGUGAGAAAAGUUGGUAUACAAGCCACAUCUUUGUAUAUGAUGCAUGUCUUUAUUUGCUCAGUUUGAUGAAGCCUAACUACACAUUUUAUAUUCCAUGCAUGAAAUACUUGAGUGUUUUAGCCAUCAUGAUGUUCAGCGUAGUGUGCGAUACACAACUUGCCACGAGAGACAUGCUCACGUGUGUAGAUGGAAUCUUGCCUGCCUACAGGUCGAUAUUGUAAUUUUCCAAUUUGGCAUGCUCAAUUCACCUGUAUGCCAUCUUCUCACACUGCCCAUUCUGCGGAAUACUAAUGUGUCAAUGCGAGUGCUUGUUAUGCGUGACUCUUCUGUCCUAAACUGCUUGCUUGUUCAUGCUCAAAUUUCACAUAGAGGUGGCAUUUAACAAUGCUUGCAUCUAGAAACCACGUUUGGGUGCAUUACUGUCUAGUUUGAGCUCAAUUAAUCGUAAUAGUUUAGUCUGCAGUAAUGUUUGACAGGUUGUAUAUUCUUUGUCAACGAAACGAUGGCCGCUAUUUUUCACUUGAAUGGCAAAAUAAGGCACGCACUGUGUUUCGCCCUGACACUGCCAGAUGGUGCCACUGUUUCAUUCCAGCAAAGUUGGCAAGAUUUUUAUUGAACAAUAUUUUCCACCUAGAGGACACACACGGAAAGGUAGAAACAUUGACAGCGACACGGGCAGCAUUUCCAACUGAUUUACUUAGGGUGCAUACCCAUGAAUAAUUAGGCAUAGGAAUGGACGCAUAGAAGACAAAUCACAACUGUUUAGAAAAAUCUCAUUUCAUAUGAAUUAAAGCAGAAGUAACAUACAGCAUAAACCACUUUUAGCGUAAGUUGCCGGAGUCACGAAUAUGCACUAUAAGCAGUACUGCACUGUAACCAAAACAUUUUUCAAAGGCUGCACACAUGCAAAACAUGUAGACCAAGAGCCGUGCGUAUCUGAGAAGCAUGCGACCGGGAUGUUUACAUCCAUUGAAAUUUUAAGAAUGUUGAAAGGUUAAUGUCCAAGAACCGUGAUCUUCGCAUGAAGCACGCAAAGUAAAACAGAAAAAAAACAUAAAAAAACAAAUUGCAGAUCCCACGCACUGUGGUAAUCUAUGUUAUGUGAAGCAUUCUGCAGGUACCUGGCUAUCCAGUAUUGUUUUGGGUUCCACAAAACGACACCAGGAGGACCAACAUGUUCCUGUAAGUUGAGUAGUUGGGUGUGGCUUGCAAGCGUACGUGUGACAUCAGCACGACGAAAACCACUCUGUAUAUGAUCGUAUGACAGCAAUGGCAUGAUUUCUAUUCUAGCGUUCAACACGAGCCUACCAAAUGGUGACUGUCAGUUUCUACAUAGGUAGCGGACGAGAGUAAGCGAGAGAAACUUGGAUUGUGAUGUCAUUAGCGACUAUGUGUUAUACAAUCCUACAUACAUACGGCUAUUUUAUGUGGUGUAUGGUAAAACGAAUAAUAUUUUGCUUCUGUUAUAGCAAUCUGAAAGAGGAUUUUUCAAAUGUUGUGAUUCGUCUUACAUGCAUGCAUCUCUGAUUCCCUAUGUCUGCUUGUUCAUGGGUAUGCACCUUGAACAAAUCAGUGGGAAGUGCUGCCUGUGUUGUUAUCAAUGUAUCUAUAAAGCGAAGCUUUCUUCACCUCUUCCUUCGACCUUUCCACUGCUGCAGCUGUGUUGCACACUGCAUCGGAAGGUUGUUCAGAGCGUGCAUAUACAUGGCAGAAGCACGACAGAGAGGAAAGGUGAUGCGAAAAACUCGUUUAGACAUUUCGAUCACGUCUCCGCAAUGCCCUACGGAGCUCCCUGGGCGUCACCACAAUAACCUCUUGACUGCUGUAAUUAUCUGUGACCCCCCACAAAAGCAUUGCAGAACUCCAGCGCUUACCUUUGUAUUGACGUGCAGCAGCCGAGAGGGGAGGUAGAUGGAAUGGUAGAGAGGAGGUAGGGAGAGGAAGCAGAGAAUGGGUAGAACUUACGCAGUUGUGAAACGAGCCUUGCCACUCUUCGCUUGCAGCACCCGCAUACAUGGGGGGAGGGUGGGAGAGGGAAAAGGAGUCGCCAAGCAGGCAAGGUAACACUAGUACUAGACAUGGCAGCACUUGGUGAUAAACUGGAUAAAUUUAAAUUUAAGGUAUUGGGCUAUGGUCCGCUUCUGCUAUUUCUGAAAAAGAAACACCGUGCAAAUUUGACAAGCGGACAACUGACACAGGACGUGCAGACACAAAGCUGCAUGAAAGCACCGCAGCGUCCAGACGACACUAUGGAAGCGCCCGCCCAUCAAAUCAACACUUCUGUACCCACCACAGUAAUCUUGCAGCAAUGGCAUUGCUCGAGGUCGCGAGUUUGAACCCGAUCGUGGCAGCCACAUUUCCACGGGGCGAAAUGCAAUAACGCCUCAGAUUUAGGUUCACGUUAAAGAAUCCCAGGUGAUUAAAAUUAAAACGGAGUACCCCCACUGCUACGUGCCUAAUAAUCAAAUUGGGGGCUUGGUACAUAAAACCCCAUAAUUUAAUUAAGUGUUGUGCCGUGUAAGGCAAUGACAGUGCUAACCUUCUCGCAGGCUAUGAACAAUGGUUCACAAUUAACACCACCUCGAGCAAGCAUGUCUCACUGUGUGUUCUGUAUACUACAUGGACAAACACAAGUGGUGCACGCAAGUAAUUUUUACCACAAACUCGCUACUCUAGUAUUGCACUAAGUGCUGAUGAACCUACCUAAAAAGUAAAUAUCACCGCCAAUCAUCGGCAAUGAACACAAACAGCACAGAGAACUUCACUUGCAUCUAUUCCCACAGUGCGUGGGAUCCGCAUAAUCUUUUUGUGUUUCUCAUUAUGAGUGCAAAUACAUCUUCCAGCAAAUAGAAACCACGCUAAGAAACAGUUCCUCUGAAAAAUGUUUUUACCUGACUUCACCUCGGGCUAUGCAUACUUAUACUGGUUGAAACAGGCAAGUAAUGCACUCAAACUUAAUAUUGUCACGCUGUAGUGAUGGUGAAGAACCAGGCAGCAGCAAAAUAUGAGUAACCAACUUAACGCUUUAUUGGGUGAACCUGUGCCCAGAAAAAUGAAUUACACUCAAAGCACAACGAUAGCGGCAAGCACAGUCUGUGAUCGUCGAAAAUCUGACUGGCGGGUCAAGCGCAGCGGCUAUUUAUACGCGACUCGUCGAAGGUUCCGGCAUAAUCGCCGGUGCUCGCGUGCCUUUCAGAAUUUAGAGCACUAUUCGUGUCGUGCAUGUAAUCUGAUUACACAAGGUUCGGCAACAACGUAGACAGCUAAUAGAAUUGGCAACAACAGUCGAGAAUUUUUCGAUACAUGUAGGCUUGCCUUGUGCCUAAGAAUAACAUUAACGGCCUAACAAUAACAUUAACAAUUGUUAGCAGGUGAUAAACAGUCACUGCAAAAAGACAAGUACGCAUAUCAAUAUUCAGUUUUAUGCAUUGCAAUAUACAACCACUGUGAUCAGUUUGAAUGCAAACAAGGCAACAGUUUAGUUCAAAGAUUCUGGUAUACCUGGUACCCAUACUUAACCUUUGGCUAAAGAAAUUUGUACCAGCACUGCAUGUAAAUUCAGGAAAAAAAUAUGGUCCAUCGUCAAAGUCAUCGAAGGUCUCAUUCCAGGAUAUACGUGCAAAGAUACAGCCAAUACUGAAAGCAGUAGCACAGAUGUCUUUUUUUUUUAAUGGUUGCAGAUGUAGCAUGCAUGUGCAAAUGAAACACGAAUGCAUGUUGACAUCCACAAGCACAGUAGGCGUGGCACGCUAGAUGAGUAUCAUGGCUGGUCUGAAGUCGCGUCAUUGUGGAGGCCACGCAGGUAUUCUCUUGCCAUCACCACCAUAUUGCAUGCUGCCAACGUGUUGAUAAACUAGCACGUCCACGAUAUAUCUUCUGUUGAGAAGGGUCAAUGUUUUUGUCGUAACAUUUACCUGCAACAUAAAACACGAAUUCUGUUGUAUAAUACACAUCAGUGGGGGAAAAAAAUGUGCAUGAAGAAAUAUGGUAUAUAACUUCCAGCCUCAUUUUGUUCUUCAAGAGACUGCAAGUUCUGAUGUAGCUUCUGUACUGUUUCGUGUGCAGUGCACCAAUAUCCACUGUAUUUUGUGCACAUUUUCAUGCUGUAAUUUUUGCAUUGAGCAUACAAUAGGUUAUUUUGAACCUUGAGCUGCAGAGUGCUAUGAAACACUUUAAUAAUUGUCUACAAAAGCAAAAGCUUAGCAAAAAAAGAAAAAGACAUUGAGUAGUCACAAAUUCAGGUUACCUUGGCAUAUAUUUUGGGGAUCUUACAAAAAAAAAAAAAAAACUGCAAUUGUGCUUGUCAUGAUUAUGGAAUGAACAGCACUGCCUGAUGGGUAAUACUGUGUGUAUGUAUGCUCCUCCUUGUAUCAUAUCCCAUCAGGCAGCGCUGUCUUUUCUGUAAUAACAGACCACCAAGCUCUUCAGUCAUUCUGUUGUCUUCAUGCUUUGAAAAAUACCUUAUUUGCACGUAAAUAACGUGAUCACAAAUAUAACACGAAGGACUUUUGGUCUCCCCCCCCCUCAAAAAAAAUAAUAAAAUAUAUAUAUAUAUAUAUAUAUAUAUAUAUAAUACAGGGUGUCCCAGCUAUCACGCAACACGAUGUAAAAAAAGAGAAACGGCGUUACGCGUAGCAAACCUAGUGCGUAUUAUUUCCAGUACAGUGGAGUAGCCGCCAGUAAUUUGUUCGUUACUGAGAUUUAAUUAGGUAAUUUUAAUUAUCUAACUAGAAAAGUACUGUCCUAAUUAUCCAAGUGUCAAUGAGAAAAUUGUAGAGCAACAUGAAAAACUCCCUAUACAGCUUUCUGUUGCUCAAUGUGUGCUACAUAAAUGCGUUUUUCUGAGUGUGAAAGAAGCCUGUGGAUACACGCAAAAUUGCCGCACGACGGGCCGCUCGAGGCACUUUGCAUGUAUUCGCGGGCUUCUUUCACGCUCGGGAAAAACACUUUUAUGUAGCAUGCAUUGAGCAACAGAAAGCUGUAUCGGGAGUUUUUCAUGUUGCUAUACAAUUUUCUCAUUGGCACUUUGAUAAUUAGGACAGUACUUCUCGAGUUAGAUAAUUCAUUAAAAUUACCUAAUUAAAUCUUAGUAAUUAACAAAUUACUGGCGGCUAUUCCACUGUACUAGAAACAAGACGCACUAUGUUUGCUUCCCGUAAAGCCGUUCCUCUUUUUUUAGGAACGGCUCACAAGUGUUGGCAGGCUCACAAGUGUUGGCUCACAAGGCUCACAAGUGUUGGCAGUGGUGGUGGUGGUGGUGGCGGCGGCGGUGUCACGCUGAAAAGUGGGCCGAUCCUGGCGAUAGUGCAGAAAAGGUCCAAGCUCAAUGGCAAAUACCAGAGACAAAAAGGAGAAAGAAAGCGAGAGUGAGAAUGAGAGAGAAAGAAAUAAGGAGAGAAGGCAAGAAAGAUAGAAAGAUAUAGAUAGAAAGAGAGAGACAAAGAAAGUCACCUUGAAUGUCAGAGAAAGAAAGAGAGAGGGAGAGAAAGAAAGAAAAAGUCACCACGAAGGUCAGGGAAAGACAGAGACAAUGAAAGAAAGAGGCAGAGAUACAUCUGACCUUUCAGAUGUAUUGGAUACAUCACAUCUGACGUGUGUGUAUCUGACCUUCAGAGACAUCUGAAGGUCAGAUACACACAUGGACAAGCUUCGCUUGUGCCGGCAUCGAGGACGGUAACCUGCGCCUACUGCAAAAAUUCAGGAUCUCCGAGAGCGCAGGGCGCACAUUCGUCGCCCCUGGGUGGCACAGACACGUGGCCUUCGCUGCCCAGUAGAUCCACGGGCACGAUACCAUGCCGUAGUGUUCCUCUUCUACGUCAAGAAAUGGAUUCUAGGGAUAGUAAAGCCGAUGACCCUAUAGGCAAGCAAGGAGCUGAAAAGAAUGACAAAGAAAGCGUUGAAAAAAUGCUGAAACACCUUCUAGAGUCAAUGCGCGUGAUUCUCUGUGGUCUCCAGACUCUGUCCGCUAAAAGCGCCAUGCGUGUCCUCGCCGUACUGGAGCAGCUGAUCGCUGCUCUUCACAUAUUUUAAUUACCUUUCUUGGCACCUGUGCUGCUCACGCAGGAGAAGCCCAUACACAAGCUUCUUCACGGCGAGCUUUUGUGAACUUUCAAUUGCAUUCGUGACUCCGUCCAUGCUCUGGAAGGUAGAUGACACUUUUGAAUGACCUUUUUGGACUUAGUUGAUAGCCAUGAGGAUGCUGAACUUGCGUUUACCAUUGUACAUCCUUCUUCUAUGUCAUCAACACCCCUCAUUCAGCCUUUAUGUCCCCGUUACCCCUCCUCCUGUGCAGAGUAGCAGGCUAGAGCAUGCUAGCUCAGGCCGACCUCUCUGCCUUCCUUCAAAUAAAUUAUCUCUCUCACUACCUCCGUUUUCUCAACAGGGGAAUGGCUGGCGAUCUUUUUAAAUCGUGCUGCGUGAUAGCUGGGGCACCCUGUAUAUAUAUAUAUCCCCCCCCCCCAAAAAAAAAUAUAUAUAUAUUUUGCAAUUAUAAUGCGAAGUGAUGCCACCAAGAAACGGGAAACAACUUAUAAAAGUAAAUGCCCACAGGGCUUUAUUCAUUACUGCAAACUGUCUCCACAAAAUAAAGUGAAAAUCCGAGUACCAGUCAUCCUUCAUGACACCCAUCAAGGUUUUUGGACAGGCAGCACUUCUGAAAUUCCUGCGACACAAUCGAAUGUGGCAAAGCGGAUUACCCAGUUACCCACCGCAUGACUUCGAAGACCGCUAUUUUGAUGUGCCUGUGCAACAGCGCCAAUUUUCUUGUUCAAUGUUCUGUUUAAGAAAAAAAACAAAAGUUAUUUGUGUCACGAACCUGAAUAUAACAUCACUAAAGCGCAUUUUGAGGCUGCAAGUUAAAAAAUAAUAAUAAUAAUCUUGUUAUAUUCGUGCAAAUAUAUGUAGUAUGUGCUAUUUCAAUCUAAAAUACUUUGCUGGCAUGCUGAGGGGACAUUGAAAGAAUGUAUUUUAAUUAUUUUUAAGCUAAAGUAUGGAAUUGAUAGAUCACCUGGCAGCUUUUCCCAGGAGCUGGUACAUGUAGUGUGGCAGCUGCUGGUGUGUCCACAGCAUUUAAAUUUUUUACAUGUUGAGGUUACAUGUUGAGAUUAAAUAUCUGAGCAUAAAUUUGGUAGCAAAAUGUGCACAAGGUUGUAAUGUUUCAACCUGCAUCUUUCCUUAAGGAAACUUGUACAUUGCAUCAUGUAUGUAGCUGUGUGUCCUGCGUAUUGAGACGCCACAAUAGGAGUCUACAGCAGAAGAUGUACAUUCCCGACCUGCUGAAUCAGGUGACCAAGGACCUGUGCUCAUUACUAGUGAUAUCGUGUGUAAUAUUCAUGGUCAUUGAUUUUAGGAUACAUUCGCGCAACAUAUGGCGAAUGAAUUUUUUUUACCUUGUCCUUUUGUCAUGAUUCAUGCAUUUCUUAAAUCAGUUCUUGGUAUCAGCACAUCAAUGGUCUCAAUUUGAUAUUGAUUGGGACAAUGCUCUUCAGAGCAGUUUCCAUUUCCAAGCUUUGAAUGCAUGUUUCAAAAAACACUUUCAUGACGUGAAAUUGUGCAAAAAUCAGAAUUAGUUCUAUUGCCCGAUAGUGUGUAAGCAUGACUUUUACAUUGCAUGCUAAAAAUGACAAAGCAAUAGGCUUCCUUCUUUUCUACAUUUUUAUGAAAAGGUGAAAAGUGCAUAUGCCAUGUCAUUGUUUUCCUGCACACCAUUUCCCGUAUUCAUUGUAACGAAGCCAUUUACUAUGAUUGAUAUGUGGUUUCCUCUUAUUAAAAGAAUUUCAAGUACUCCUGGA